UUUUCCCAUCAGAGCCCAGAGCACAGCUUGUAUUCAUCAGCAUUUCCUAAGAAGUGGGAGGAGUCCUUGGUGGGGGCAUGCAGUGGAGAGAACAACAGACCAGGAAGGCAGCAACUCUGACCACCAGGAGCCAGCUAUCACAGACACUGGCAGCUGGCUCAGCUCUGCAGGAGAAGAGAGUAAUGGCUGGUGUCUCCCCUGCUGUCCUUGGAUGCCCAGAUGUCACCUUGGAAAGGAACACGGCAGUCCAUGAAGUCCAAGAAAAUAUCACAUCAGGGGACAGUUUAACAGUGGCCUCCAGCAACACUGACUUUGCCUUCAGCCUCUACAGGAAGCUGGUUUUGAAGAAUCCAGAUGAAAAUGUUGUCUUCUCCCCAUUCAGCAUCUUCACUGCCUUGGCCCUCCUGUCCCUGGGAGCAAAGAGCAACACCCUGAAGGAAAUCCUAGAAGGUCUCAAGUUCAACCUCACAGAGACCCCUGAACCAGACAUCCACCAGGGCUUUAGGUACUUGCUAGACCUUCUCAGUCAGCCAGGGGACCAGGUACAGAUCAGCACAGGCAGUGCCCUGUUUGUUGAAAAGCACCUGCAGAUCCUGGCAGAGUUCAAGGAGAAGGCAAGGGCUCUGUACCAGGCUGAGGCCUUCACAGCAGAUUUCCUGCAGCCUUGCCAGGCCAAAAAGCUCAUCAAUGACUAUGUGAGCAAUCAGACCCAGGGGAAGAUCAAGGAACUCAUCUCAGACCUGGAUAAGAGCACGUUGAUGGUGCUGGUGAAUUAUAUCUACUUUAAAGGUGGGCGUGGUCACUGCCUGGGAGUGGAGCGAGAGGAACUUGGCAAAUGGAAGAUGCCCUUUGACCCCCGUGAUACAUUUAAUUCCAAGUUUUACUUGGAUGAGAAGAGGUCUGUGAAGGUGCCAAUGAUGAAAAUAGAGGAACUAACUACACCCUACUUCCGGGAUGAUGAGCUGUCCUGCUCUGUGGUAGAGCUGAAGUACACAGGAAAUGCCAGUGCCCUGUUCAUUCUCCCUGACCAGGGCAAGAUGCAGCAGGUGGAAACCAGCUUGCAUCCAGAGACCCUGAGGAAGUGGAAGAACUCUCUGAAACCCAGUAGGAUAAGUGAGCUCCACCUGCCUAAGUUCUCCAUCUCCAAUGACUACAGCCUUGAGCACGUCCUUCCCGUGCUGGGCAUCAGGGAAGUCUUCUCCAUGCAGGCUGACCUGUCUGCAAUUACAGGAACCAUGGAUCUGAGAGUCUCUCAGGUGGUCCACAAGGCUGUGCUGGAUGUGACUGAGACAGGCACAGAAGCAGCUGCUGCCACAGGAGUCAAAGUUAAUCUACGUUGUGGAAAAAUCUAUUCUAUGACAAUAUAUUUCAAGAGGCCAUUCCUGAUAAUUAUCUCUGACAUAAAUACUCACAUUGCCCUCUUCAUGGCCAAAGUUACAAAUCCCAAGUGAGACCAGAACUUCUCAAAUGGGGAAAGGGCCCCUUUCCAAGAGCUGGGAAUUGAGCCUGUAUGUCUGUCUGCACAUUUUGGCUUCCAUGCUCUGCUUGGCUGAGGCAUGCCUGACUAGACAGUGACACUGACUAAAUCUGUGACUGCCUCAUGCAGAGAAGCCUAUGGCUGGUCAGUGUCAGACUCCCUGUCAUCUUGGCAGCUCUAGCUCAGGUUCCUGACCUGAAAUUUGUGUUAAUCCCUGUGCCUGCUCUCUCCCCUGUAUCUGUCAACCCAAAAGCCUGGGCCCAGCAGUGAGGCUCUAACUUAGGCUCUGCUUAUGUCUACCUUCAGCCUUUCAGUCAUGAUGAUACUAUGCAAGUUUACAGGCCAACCCUUAAGGACUAAGAAGUGAACCUGCUGCCCUGGGUCUAUCUGCAGCAUCUGAAAUGUUUGGUUCCCAGUUCUGCCUUACUCUUGCCUUCCUCUGGGCAGAGCUAUCCACAGCCCCUGCAGAGUCUCCUGACCCCAUACAGAUCUGGCACAGGUGGAGACCUCAGCCCUGCAGCUGCAUGGGGCCUGUGGGUCAGAGCAGCUCCUCUCCCGCUAACACUCCUACUCAGGACAGAGAAGAAGCCUUACCCUAAGUCUCUAUUUGACCAACUACAAAGGACAGGUGGACACCUCCACCUUCAUCACACAAAUUGAAAGGGCAGGAGCUAAGGAUCGAUAAAUAAUUAACUGCAUUGAAUGUGACAGUGUUCACAGAACUUCCAUUUGGUGCUUAUUCCCUCCAGUGACAACAAGGACAUAGAGAUUGUCACUCAUACUCUGUGACUCCUGUGAUGGUUCUCUGACCUACUUUCUAUUAAAUGUCCCUUAUGGACAAGAUA